AUUUUUCUACAAACACGUGUGGUAGAAAAAAGCGAGGUUCUGCCAUUUUGUCGUGGGUUCGAUUCGUUGAAGGAUUUAUUUUGAAGAAAUACAAGUUCUAUUUUCACUAUGAAGCAAAAGAAGGGAAAUGUUAGCCUAAAAUCACCUCUAAACAGUGUAAAAAAUGAUAGUAUUGUGAAGAAGCAACAUAUUUCGGGAGCAAAUACUCCUGCUAAAGGGACACCCGGAAAGGUUAACCAAAAGAAAACGGGGAAAACUCCAGUAAAAGUGGUACCACCAAAGAAAGUUGAGGAAGAGGAGGAGGAUGACUCCGAAGAGGAAGAAGAUUCUGGCGCCGAUGUCGCGGCUGGUGUAGCCGAUGAUGCAGGAGACUCCGGUGCCGAAGAACAAGAUGAGGACGUCGCCGAAGAUGAGGAUGAGGAUGACGAAGAUGAAGAUGAGGAUGGCGGAAAUGGAGAUCUAGAUAAUGAUGCAGAGCAGGAUGAUGACGAACCUGUUGAAGCCCCUAUUGGACGCAAAACGACUGAAACACAAAAAGUUUCAAAAUCUAAGAAGGCUAAGGCAGCAGUCGAAAUUGGUGUCCCUAAAAUUAAGACUGGCGCUCUUCCUAAAGACUUCCCACAAGACCAAGUUCUUGUUGUUAAAAAUCUCCCCAAACAAUAUAAGCAAAUCGACCUUGUGGAAAUCUUUGCAAAGUAUGGUACUUUGCAUACAAUCCAUAACAUUCAUGGCCCAGUUAGUAGCGUCGCUUACAUUGCAUAUACGGCACCUGAAGAAGCAGAAGCCGCACAAGCAGCAACAGAUAAUAACGCAAAAGUAAAGGGUAUAACAAUAAAUGUAAACGUUCAAACACCAAAUCCAAAAAAAGUUAAGAAAGCCGAAAGUAAACAAAAGACUUCUGAAGAAAAGCAGACAGCAAUUGAAGAUAAAAAACGCAAAAUUCAAGAAAGCAAGUCGCGCACUGUGUAUAUUAAAAGUUUGAAAUCUGGUACUACUGAAGAUCAAGUGCGGGAGCAUUUUGCUGAAUGCGGUGAAAUUGAGAGUGUGAAUGUGUUUUCCCGACACCAACAUUCGUAUGGUUUUGUUUGUUUUGAAGAUGAAUCUUCAAUUGCGGCUGCAACCAAACUACAUAACUCAGUUCUUAAUGGAAUGAACAUUUGGGUACUUCAGAGUGAUCAACAAGUGAAAGAAGUGACAAAGGACCCUCAACGCACUAUCCUAAUAAAAAAUAAUCAGAGUUUAGAAAGUAUUGAUCCUGCAAAAUUGGAUUCAAUUUUCUCUAAAUGCGGAGAAAUCGAAUCCACUUCUAUUUUGUGCAAAAAGAACGUUUUGGCAUUUAUAACAUUUAAGGAUGAGAAAGGUGCCAAGAAGGCUUUAAAAUUAAAUGGUUCCAGCUCACAGGGUCUUGACCUGGAAAUCGAAGAGUAUAAGGUGAUCACACCUAAGCACAAAACUACUGUAUUUAUUCAAAAUGUCAAACCUGGUGUGACUGAAAACGAAAUUCGCGAGAUAUUUGCUUCGACGGGUCCAAUCGAGAGUGUAAAUGUACUGGGUGGCUUUGCUACAGUAAAAUUCGAAGAUACUGAAAGCUUUUGUAAAGCUUUCUUAUUAAAUGAAACAUAUAUCCGAGGACAAUUGAUAUUUUUGGAGCCAUAUUCGGAGAGGAAACAAUCUAUACUGAGAAAUCAGAACAGAAAGAGACCAGCGCCAUUUAACAAAGGAGGCCACAGCAAAAAGUUAAAAACUAACUAGACAAAACAGAGACAUUAAUAGAAAAGAAUAUUAAGCCUGCUGCCCUGAACAUUUUAAUAUCUUUUCCCAUAAAAAGUAAUUUUUAAACUUAGUUAUAUAUGUAUAGUAUGUAUACAACCUUCAGAAAAAAUAUAUAAUAAAUGCUAAAAUGCGUGAGUAUGAUAAAAUGGCAUACAAAAA